AUGUCGCUGCGACGUUCUUUUCUCUCCUCAAAAAUCUCCCAUCGUUCCUUCAGACUGUCCAAAUCCUUUAAAGAAUUCAAAUCCCCAGAUACCCAAAUUAGUUUUAAUUACAAUAACAAAGAAGAAAUAGAAACCGCAGAAAAGGGAAAUGAGUGUAAUAAAGAACAGCAAAACGGCUUCGUUGGUAAGUCGGGUUCGUGGGCAGGUUUGUUGCCGGAGCUGCUGGGGGAGAUAAUACAGAGAGUGGAGGUGAGCGAGGAGCAAUGGCCACAGCGCCAAAACGUUGUUGCAUGCGGGUGCGUUUGCAAGCAGUGGAGGAAGGUCACAAAAGAUGUGGUCGAGAAGGCGUCCGUUAAUCCACAGGCUGCAAAAAUUACUUUCCCUUCUUGCCUCAAGAAGCCAGGGCCUUGGGAGUCUCCACGUCAGUGUCUUAUAAAGCGUGACAAGAAGAAUGCUACGUUUUACCUUUAUCUAGCUCUUUCACCGUCAUUUAUGGAUGAAGGGAAGUUCCUCUUAGCAGCACGAAGAUACAGGAAUGGUACUCACAUCGAGUACAUUAUAUCACUCGAUGCUAGCGAUAUAUCACAAGGAAGUAAUGCCUAUGUCGGAAAAUUAAGGUCGGAUUUCCUUGGCACUAAUUUUUCAAUCUAUGAUAGCCAACCGCCACAUAGUGGAGCACAGCCUUCAAGCAGUAGAGCUGGUCGUCGUUUUGCAAGCAAACAGAUAAGUCCCCAAGUUCCAGCUGGUAAUUUUGAAAUUGGGCAGGUGUCCUACAAGUUUAACCUCUUGAAAUCAAGAGGCCCAAGGAGAAUGGCGUGCUCACUUAAGUGCCAAAUGUCAGAAGAAAUGGCAGUGGACAAAUCUCAAGUUAAUUUAAGAAUGAAGAAACCCGAGUCCUCAAAUGUCGGAUACACAGUUUUAAAGAACAAAGCUCCAAGGUGGCAUGAACACUUGGAAUGUUGGUGCUUGAAUUUCCAUGGUAGAGUGACGGUUGCAUCAGUCAAGAACUUUCAACUUGUUGCAACAAUUGAUCAAAGUCAGCCGAGUGGAAAAGGUGAUGAGGAAACAGUACUUCUCCAGUUUGGGAAGGUAGGAGGUGAUACCUUCACAAUGGACUAUAUGCAACCUUUGUCGGCUUUUCAGGCAUUUGCUAUUUGCCUAACCAGUUUUGGAACAAAACUGGCAUGCGAGUAA